AGACGAGACCCAAUCACCGCAGCCGAGAGACUCUCUCAGCAGCAGUGAUUGGGUCCCGUCCUCCACGGUGCACAACGCUACGGCCUCGGAACCAGCCCAAGAGAUUCAGUGAACUGCGAACAGGUGCGCGUGCCAAAAAGGGACCUGAUCAUUGGUUUACAAGCAGUUCGCUUCGCUCGUGCUGACCAGAGCGGGAUCCAGACCACCAUCAGAAGCUGAAAGCACGCCUGGCCUCGGCGAUUUACCUGACUGAAUUUGGUGAGUGAUGGUUUCAAUCAUUUUAAUAUUUUCUGGUAUAUCUAAGUUACCCUCUGUUGACAUAGGCUUAGCUAACGUUAGCUACAGCUUGAUGAAUUGAGUCAUUGAACACAGCAGGAGAGAACGCAACGUUAGACAGCUAGCAAUAAAGCUCCGGUGGAAAAUGAUUAGCUAACGCUACCGUUAACGUUAGCCUAACAUUAGCUAGAUAUCGUUACUAAAGUUACUAGAUGCUAGCUUGUAUAGCUUACGGUAAAUCACAAAAAAUAAAAACUGGUUAAUGUUAGUGCUAUUUUCUAAAAUCUCUACAACUCGUUUUUCCAGGAUGUGUUGAUGAUUUUGAGGUGAGGGGACUGACAAGGCUGAAGGGUAAAGUGGUCCACCGUUCUAUCAAUAAGGCUAAACUAGAAGUUAGUGCUAACACUAAUACAAACAUUAUUUUUUGCAGAAUGAGUGUGUUAGGGGAGAAGGAUUCAGCCAUUGUUAAACAGCUAGAUGCUGGAUUGAAAUGCAGCUGGAACUGGUCGUGGCUAAAACUGGAAGGCAAGGCAAUGGUCCUUGGAACCUUGGCGGAGCAUUCCAUCCCGUUUUCUAUGGCUCCUGUAAUUGUUGAGCUUGCCCAGACCCUUUCCUUGGAUAAACCAGCUUUGCAGGGAAUGAAGCUGUCGCGGACGACAGCUUCAUACAAGAUGAUCCAUGGUCUAGGGCGGACCUACUCUGAGAGGACCUUUUCCAACAUGAAGAUAUUUCCCUUUUCGUUAAAUUUAGACGAGAGUACCUCCAACAACAACAAAAAGAUCCUCUCCAUGCUCGUUUGCUACUAUCAUGCAGACUUGAGGAAGGUGAUAGUGGAGCAUUUGGGGUCCUUGGAGAUUGUGAAGUUGAAUGCUGCUUCUUUAGAGAAGGUGCUCUGUGAGUUCUUUGAGAAAAACAACAUCCCGUGGAAUAACCUUGUGAGUAUGCUGAUGGACUCGUGUGCUGUGAUGAAGGGCAGCAAGACCGGCCUCGAGAUCAGGAUGCACCAAUACUGUCCCAACCUGCUCGAUGUUGAUGGGGACUCCUGUCAUCAUAUACACAAUGCGGCAAAGAAGUUCUCAGAGCCCUUUGACAGCUACUUGGAGAAGCUGUUCAGUGAUCUCCAGGUUGACCAUCAGUGGAGUCCAGACCAGGUGAUGUACCUCAAGGAGAUAGCUAUGAUUCUAAAUCUCCCCGCCUCCAGCCCACAGAGGGGCUUUGUUCGUCAUCGCUGGCUGUCUGCAUACGAUGCCAGCAUGGCAACCCAUGCCAUGAUGCCUGCGUACAGAGUCCUCUAUUAUGGCUUCCUCUCCACUGCAGAUAAGGAGCUGUAUAGGGAGCCUUUGGAACUGAUGUACACCACGUACCACGUCAACCAGGCGGGAAGAGCCUGUAUCAAGGUGGUUCAGGAGGAACUCAACAGGAAAGGCAUGACUCCACAAGGCCGUGAGAGAAAAAAGAGGGUAUGUCAGAAGCUGUGGCAUGAGGAGAUGACAACAGUCUUACGGCUCAGCAUCUACAUGGGUUUGCUGGCUAUUCUCAAGGAGUAUGUCAUGGUUUUCCAGGGUAGCCAGACAUUGGUUCACAAACUUCAUGAUCGGCAGCUUGAGCUGUUCCUGGCCUUCAUGGCUUGCUUCGUGAAGGCCGAAUACAUUACUCAGCUGUCUCCCAGGGCUCUGAGGGAGAUGGUCCUGGAGGAUCAUAUGCUGCUGCCCUCCAAGGAGGUCUAUGUGGGACAGGAGGCUGAGACGUUCAGGAGCCAGAAUCCCAAUCAUGCUCUGUUGGUGCCAUUCCUAGCAGAAGUCAGGGAAGCCUACAUCACCACUGCAGUGUACCUCCAGAAGAAGCUCCCCUUGGCUAGUCCGACUCUUACAGCCCUGUCUGCUCUGGACCCUCUUCUGAGAGGCCACUCACAGGCAACCAUCCAGCUUAAGAGGCUGAGUGGUAUGCUGCGGCACCUCUUGCCAGCAGACCAGGACAUCCAGAGAGAACUUGUGCGGUUCAAUGUUGACCUGACCAUCCCCAGUUUCAAGGAGGGUGAGAGCAUGGUUGAGUGGUGGGGUCAUGUCUUUGACAAGCCAGAUAAGUACCCCUCCCUGAGUGCGAUGGUUAAAUGUUGCCUCUCCAUCUUUCACGGACCAAGGGUUGAGUCUUCUUUUAGUUUGAUGAAUGAAAUAAUUGACCAAAGGAGUGGCAACAUGAAUGUACCAAAAUGUAAUGCAAUCCAGACGGUCAAGUACACCCUGCAGUCCAGGGGGAAGACAGCCGUGCAGCUCUUCAGAAUGGAGGAUGUGAAGUUCGGGGAGGUGGACAGAACACUAUGCAAGAACAUCAAGUCUGCAGCAGCCACAUACAAACGCCAGCAGAAGAUGAAUCCGAAAGAAAAGCAGCAGCAACAGAGCAAGUAUGGCUCCCAAGCAUCUGGCAGUGCUCAGCAGGCCAAGAAACAGACUGCUGAAGAAGAGAAAAGGGCGAGGCUGAAACAUGUGGCAAAACAGCGAAAGCGGGCCAUGGAGACACUGGUGGUCCAGGCAAAGAAGAAAAAAUUAGAUCUGGUUCUGAGAGUAUUACGAACUGUGUCCUUAAGUCUCAGGAGGGAGUGUUUCAGCUGUAACUACAGUAUCACAUCCCUUUCCUCUCCCUUUCAUUCAGUAUUUUGUACAAAACAAGAUUGAUUGUGUUCCUUUUCUAUGUUGACCUUAACGGAUUUAAAAUAAUAUAUCACUAUCCCUUGAAAAGUGUUUAAGUGUUUAAUGUU